CAACUGUUUCUAAGGAACCAAAAACCGUGAUUAAAUGAAGAGACAAUUGAAAAUAUAGGAUCCUAAUUACAAAAAAAAUUAACAGAUAAACAACUCUUGCGAAGGAGCACUGCAUUUGGUCACUCCCCAGUUGCAAUUUAUGUUGGCGAAGGCUUUCGAAACUGACUGACUUCUUACAGCCUAGUUACAAAGUGAAAAACAACGAUGUCUGCUGCACCUCCACCUUAUCCAGGAACUCAAGGGCCACCACCAGGGGCAUAUCCACCACCAGGGGCCUAUCCACCACCUCAAGAUUACAAACCACAAGAACCUGGGUACCCCCCUCAACCAGUUGGCACAACAUACAGCUCAGGAGCUGCAACAACAACAACAACUGUUGUUAUGCAACCUGCAACAACUGUGAUUCAUGCAAUUGGAAGCUUUGGUCCUUACCCAGCCAAUAUCGCAUGCCCAAGCUGUCGUGCUCACAUUGUGACAUCUAUAUCAUACUCAGAUGGUCUUAUGGUGUGGCUUGUUGCUGGGGGUCUGUGCAUAGUUGGACUUUGGCUUGGAUGCUGUUUAAUUCCAUUCUGCAUCAAUGACCUCAAAGAUGUGACCCACAGUUGCCCCAGCUGUGGAUCGGUUGUUGGUCAUUACAAAAGAAUUUGAACAUUUGGAAUAAAGUUAACCAUGCUUGCAUGUAGCCGGUAGCUUAUAGCUGUAUAUUUUUAUGACACUAAUUAUACCACUUUAUUAAUCUUGCUUUCUUUUCCAAGGCCAGAUGCUUUUCUUUUUGAAAAUCAACACAUGCACACAUCAUACGUCAGUGCCCCACAGAUAUGAAGCAAUAUAUUAUAGCUAAUAUGUUGUCCUACUUGUACAAUAUCCAUUGUCUGACUUUUUUAUUUGAUAAUUUAUUCCAUCCUUGUCUCUCACUUAAUUAACCCAGUCUUUCUGAUCCAAUAUAGCAACAUUUGAUUAACUUUCUAAUCAAGUUAAGCAACAUUUGCCUUUUACUUUGCUUUUUAGUUUGCAGUUGUAUUCUAAUAAAUAUCAUUACAUUUGUCAUUGAUGUUCAGUAUUGUAAGGGAUUCUUGUCAUCUGCCAAGUCUGUAUUACUUGUUUUGUAAUUUGAAUUUCACUGUCUGUAAACACAGUAUGAGGUUUUGGAUUAACCAUACCGCCAUCUUGUUUUUGUCUUUUGAUUGACAGGUUAGUUCAACCAAUAAGAUCUAUUUUAUUCGUUGAUUGGAAAUAAUUGGAAUCAUCUGAGUAUCCACAGAUGGUGAUUUUCCAGGUUUUAGUGAUACAGACUGCCAUAAUGUCACAAGAAUUGAAAUGUAUACCGUUUAUGUAUCCA